AUGAAAAGCGUUGGUGCAAAUAAAAUGGGAAAACUUGCUCAGCAUUUUUCCUCGGAGUCGCACAAGGCUGCCUUGGCUGAUUUUGCGCGCUUCUCCCUGAGAGAAUGUCACAUUGAUAUCAAAAUAAAUGAGCAAUCGAAAGAAAAGCUGAUCCAGGAGAAUGCUGAUGAAGAAAGAAACAAAUCAGUCAUAAGAAUUUUGUUUGAUGUGGCGAAAACCUUGGCGAGGCAGUCUAUUGCGUUUAGGGGUCAUGCCAGUGACGAAGAUGCAAAUUUUAUGCAAAUUGUAAACCUCAUCUCUCGUCAUUGUCCAGAUCUAAAUCACUGGCUCAGCAGCAGACGUCUCAAGCCAUACAGCACAAAAUACAUGGGCCCAUCUUCACAAAACGAAAUCAUUGAAUUUCUAGCCAGAGAUGUCAGAAGUAAAGUGAAGGAGGAGAUCGAUGAUGCGAAAAUGUUUUCAGUGUCGGCAGACACGACUCCUGAUGCUGCAAACCAAGACAGAAUGAUUGUUGCUGCAAGAUAUGUUGCUUCAGACAGUAUUGCAAGAGAACGAACUGUAGAAAUGAAAGAAUGCAAAGACAAGCAUGGAGAAAAAAUUGCAAAAUCAAAUCUCAAUUCAUUAGAAUCCAAUCAAAUUAAUGUUGAUGGUUUGUGCUUCCAGACCUAUGAUUUUGCUUCUUCAAUGUCUGGAAGAAUAAGAGGUACCCAGAAAGUCUUACAGGACUUACUAGAGCGACCGGUACCCUACAUACCAUGCCAGGCCCAUAGAUCAAAUACUUUUAAUGAGCACAGUGCUAAGGCGAGCUCGCUCGUCACUUCCAUGUAUGCAUUACUUGAAGAAAUAUAUGUAUUCUUCAAUGCAAGUAUAUUUAUGGAUGCAAUCCAAGACGUAGAAAAUUGUCUUAAGCUCAGGAACCUAUCGAAAACACGUUGGGUUUACGGUUCAGAAUCAAUUGAAGCUGUGUGGAGAAGUUUAAACUCUAUUGCUCCAGCUAUCGACAAGAUAAUUACUGAUGUAGAAUGUAAAAUGGAAUGUAAAAUAAGGGAAAUGCCAUAA